AACUUGAAACUCAGUCUAGCAACAGAGAAGAGAAGAGAGAUUUGAGUUUUUGAAGAAGUCAUGGAUACGUCGGGAAGUUUGACUUGCGUUGUCGUUGCGGUAGAUGGAAGCGAGGUGAGCAUGGAGGCUCUGAGGUGGGCACUGGACAACCUCAAGCUCUCAUCGUCUUCUUCCGAGUCAUCAUUCGUUGUACUACAUGUGCAGCCUUCACCUUCUGUAGCCGCUGGAGUUAGCCCCGGCACUAUACCUUUCGGUGGUCCCAGUGGUCUAGAGGUUCCUGCUUUCACCGCUGCCAUCGAACAACAUCACAAACGGAUCACAGAGACCAUCAUGGAUCAUGCUCGUCUGAUUUUUGCAGAUAGAUCGGUGAAUGUGAAAACGCAAGUGGUGGUUGGGGAUCCAAAGUAUAAGAUAUGCGAGACUGUUGAGAGUUUGCACGCUGAUCUGCUUGUCAUUGGUUCUCGGGCUCAUGGCCGCAUUAAGAGGAUGUUUUUGGGAAGUGUAAGCAACUACUGCAGCAACCAUGUGCACUGCCCUGUUGUUAUAAUUAAACCCAAGGGGGAUUCUUCUGAAUAAUCAGGAGAUAUGUACAUUUGCAAAAGGGAUAUCAAAUCCAUCUGUGUGAGUUUGUGAACUAUGUGAAGCUAUAGAAGCAGAAAAGCAAAGAAUCCACCUUCUUACUUCUCAAAGCAUUGGUGUGAAUGUAAAAAUUAAUAAGAGCUAUAGAAACAUUGGUUGGCUCAGUCUCAGACUCAGUAUAUGUGCUGUGCUGUACUCAUAUUCAUCGUUUGUUUAUUUUUUUAAAUAUGGUGAUGAUUUAAUUAUGUGAACUGUAUAGUAUGAAGAACAGUUACAGAGCUAACUGUUUGAACCGAAUCACAUGAU